UAUGUUUGUAAUCUCUCUUUCGAUGGAGCAAAAAAAGUGACCGAUUAUUCAAACUGAAGUGAAAAUUGUUCUCUUUUUCGAAUUUUCCAACAUUCCGUACGUAUCAUUGUAAAUGUGAAGUCCAUCUAUGAAGUCACUCCUGUUUGUGUGCCCGAUUAGCAAGUGUAUAGCAUAGUAAGUGUCUAACAAGACAACAUCAUGAUCUCCAAGUAAGCAAUGGAGCAAUUAAGCAAGACGGAAUAUCAAGUGUGGGCAGCGUGGGAUGGCGUGAAUUUGAUACCGUUUAAGCAAUUCACUCUCUAUCUUAUUUGAGAAGCUAACGGACGCAGAUCAUGACAAAUAUCCUCAAUGUAUUCUGCUCAAAAUUUCAUCAUGAGGCUCCUUUUGAUCUUUGUUCUCGUUUUUUGUCUGGGUGUGAAAGCAUCAUCAGAAAAUUACUAUGAGAUCCUAGGGGUUGCAAAGUAUGCUGAUAAUCUUGAAAUCCGCAAAGCUUUCAAGAAGUUAGCCGUCAAAUUACAUCCUGAUAAAAAUCAGGAUGAUCCAGACGCUCAUGCGACUUUCAUUAAGUUGACUCGGGCAUAUGAAGUCUUGAAGGAUCCAACACUGAGGAAGAAUUAUGAUAAAUUUGGAGACGAGAAGCCAACAGAAGUGCCAAAGUAUCACAGUUGGAGUUACUAUAGUGAUGAUUUUGGUCUCUACGAUGAUAACCCUGAAAUUGUCACCCUCAGCACUUCAGACUUUAAGGUGAAUGUUGCUCGAUUUGAAUCUCAAUGGUUCAUCAAAUUUUACUCUCCAAGGUGCUCCCAUUGUCAUUAUCUUGCUCCAACAUGGAGGAAAUUAGCCAAAGAAUUGAAAGGAGUGAUCAAGUUUGGAGCAGUCAACUGUGAGGAAGAGUGGAACUUAUGUCGACAAGAAGGCAUUUUGUCUUAUCCAACUCUCAUGCUGUAUCCAAGUCGCAUUCAGUACAACGGUGACAGAGAUAAAGACACGCUAGUCAAGUUUAUUUUGAAUCAUGUAGAAACCAAAAUUAUUCAUAUUAAUUAUCCAGAUGAUUGGAUGGCUGAUGUUCAAGAGAGCAAUUCAAAAUUGUGGAUGUUUCUCCUUUGCAAUUCUGAAAAGUACCCUGCCUGUAUCCAGAGCGAUGAAAGAAUCAAACUAGCUGCGAUGUUGGCUAGUUUUGUAGGCUUUGGUGUUGUUGACUGCCGUGAAGCCGAGGACAUUUGUGAAACCCUGAGCAAUCAUGAGAAUUCUAGCUCGGUUGUAUUCUGGAAUAAAGCCGAAAAGUCAGGAACCUUGAUAUCCUCCAACGAGCCAGAGGAAAUAACUAAAAUUGUGUUGGAUCUUCUACCACCUGUACCUUCCUUGAAUGCUGAUACAGUUGAGAGUAUAACGGAACAGCUGAAAGAGGAGACAAGCUCUCCAUGGCUGUUGAUUUUCACCAUUCAAUAUGAUGAAAAACUGGAUUUAGAGUUGAAAGCUUUGCCAUCUCUAUUGCCGAAUAUCAAUGUUGGCAAAGUGCACUGUGCCCAAAUGAAUACUUUUUGUCGGAAUUUAUUCAUCAUGCGAUACCCUGAAUUCAUCGUAUUCAAACCAGGAGGAGGACAUGAGUUUUAUCAUGGGCAUCAUUUUGCCUAUGACAUAGCUAUGUUUGCUCAAGAAGCAGUGAAAGCAAAAAAUUUUAGAGCAAUUUCUUACGAAGAAUUCCAUGAAUCAGUUGUAACGCAAAAGCCAGACUCUAAAUCAUCACCAUGGGUUGUGGACUUUUAUGCUCCAUGGUGUCCUCCUUGUCUAAGCCUCUUACCACAACUCAGAGAAGCAAGUAUUCGGGUAGCAAACGUCAAUUUUGGAGUUGUAGAUUGUACAGUUCACCACCAACUCUGUUCAGAGCAGAAUAUAGGAUCGUAUCCCACAACAAUAUUCUUCUUUAAUGGAACCCGCAACAACUACAAAGGACCUCAGUCUCCUGAUGAAAUCGUUGAAUUUCUAAAUGAUAUUCAAAACCCUAUCGUGAUAAAAUUGACGGAAGAGACCUUUUACCGUUCAGUUGGAAGAAAACCUAAGGAUGCUAUUUGGGUCGUAGACUUCUUUAUGCCAUGGUGUGGUCCAUGCCAGCAGUUAGCGCCGCAGUUCAGAAAGUUAGCUAAGUUGGUCUCCGGAAUACCAAACAUUUUCUUAGCAUCAGUAAAUUGUGAAGAAGAAGGUGAACUUUGCAGACAACAAGGCAUUAGAUCUUACCCUCACAUUCGCCUGUACCCCCUUGCAAGUGAAGGCCUCAGCUCUUUUGCUAUCUUCAGCGGUCAUCAAAGAAACGUAUUAACACUAAGAGUUUGGUUACUCAGUUUCCUUCCGUCGGUCGUGGAAGAUCUUGACCCCAAUUCAUUUCCAGCCAAAGUGGUCGACUCCAAUGAUCUUUGGUUAAUAGAUUUCUAUGCUCCGUGGUGUAGCCAUUGCCAUUCCUUUGAGCCAGAAUUCUCUACUGUUGCUCAGAAACUGAGCAGUCAUGUUAAGUUUGGAAAAAUCAACUGUGAUGCUUUCCAUAAUUUAUGCCGGAAUGCAGGAGUAAGUGGCUAUCCGACAGUUCAAUUCUAUCAUGCACAAGGUAAUCGAGGUUAUAAAGGUAUGGAAAUUAUGAGUCAAAAAGGGAAUAUUAUCGAAGAGGCAGUUAGAAGUGUAUUGGAAAGACAAGGCAAGAUUAUUGCCCAUGAUGAGCUGUGAUAAUAGUUUUAAUCCUCGACACAAGUCAUGUAGUGAAAUCUCGCUAAAUCAAACUAUAGUUAAGACGAAAUCUCACUUUUGUAAAAAAAUUCCUCUGGUCCCUAGACCCCGUCAUAAGGCGUAAUGUUAAAUUACUACGACUAAGACGAAUUCGUGACUUUUAUUGUGGAGGAAACAGUGCUUAAGUAAAAGAAAAUUUUUUUGAAAAACCCAACAAAAUUUGAUUCUACUUGUGAAAAAUCAAAGCAGAAGGGCGAUUUCAAAAAGAAGUAAAGUAAUGUUACAAAAACAGACUCAUGUUGACGUGCCUGUAUUUUUGAAGGAAGUAUAGAAGCAAGAGCUUCAAAAUCUGUGACUUCUGAUGUACUUCCAUGACUUCUUUCAUAAAAGAGAUAAAAUUUGAAAAUUAAUUAAAACAUUUUUGAAUUUAUAACCGAUUUUUGAAAAAUCUGCAAAAGCAACUCAAAAAAUCACUCGCAGGUUACUUAAAUACAUAACUCGAAUUUUCAAACUCAUUUUCUUCUAAGCAGCAAAGCCAAUAAAACCAAAAGCUCUUAAGUUUCAAGUUCUCUUAGUCCCUUGAAAAGUUGACUUAACGAGAUUUCACUGUAUGAAGACUCGAAGACUGGGUGAUAGGACAUAAUGUCCAAAAACAAAAACGUCCAAACGUGUGAAUGUCCAACAAAAUAAAAAGGCCAAAACCAACAAAUUUCCAACUAAGUAAAAAGUCAAAAAAAAAAUUUAAGAAAAAAAGCGUCCAAAGUAAAAAGUUCAAAACUGGUAAAAAUAUGUGAAACGUGCCAGUUACCUGCAUCAUUCCAAAUCAUUAUCUGAGCCCCAAUCAUCUAAAGAAGAGUCCGAGUUCAAAGCGCUGCCUGCUGCUGCUGUAGGUGCACCGCGGAUGCGAGUAUUGUAGGCAAUGCCUUGCAAGUAUUUGGAGAUUUCUUCAGCAUUUUUAAAUUGCUGGUAGCGUCUCGUUCGCAUCUGUAGCUUUUCCUGAUUUUGACGAGAUUCCUUGCUGACCUGUUGCCAGAUUCUAGUGUGCUCAUUAUCAAGCUGGAUGCAAGUUUCCUCAGUAUCAAGUUGGUCCUUCUAACUUUUUACUUUUGGACCCUUUUUUUUGGACGUUAUGUCCUAUCACCGUAGGCUGUAAUAUUUUUAAAACUCUAGAGUUACUGUUAAUUCUUAUUUUUCAGUCUAUGGAAAAUAAAUCCAUAACCACACAUUCAGGGUCCUAUAUAUUCCAGUCAUUGAUCACUUUAAGUUAGGAUCAUUCUACUAAUCAUCAUUAAAAAUGAUUAAAUUUGGAAGUAUAAUUAUAGGUAUUCGCUUUGUGUUGUCCUUCGAGGGUCCUAUAACUCAGGAAUUUCAACAGUCCCUAAGGAAAGUUUAGCGUUUUUUUCGUGAUCACUGUCUCACCAGAAAUAAAAGCUGGGCAAUUCAUCACUUUCAUAGACCAUUUUUUAUUUUAUCUUAGGACUUUGAGGCUUGUCCAUUGUUGGUGAUCUCUCUCAAAAUUGGAACACAUUUAGAUCAGAUUUUUUCAUCAUUUGCAUUGGCUCAAGCCGAUACAAUUGAAAGCCUCCUCAGUUUUUACUGUUUUGUUUCCCUACGCUACUCUCUUCUUACCUUUACUAUAAUUUACUAAUAAUACUUGUGUCUUUUUUUCUUCUAUUUUUGUACAAUAAUCAAAUUUCACCAAAAUUGAUGCAUUAUGGAUCUUCAACCAGGUUUAGGUUUUUUUUAAAAGAAGUUCCUUUGUAUUCAUGCGUGAUGAUGUUUCUGAAAAUUUUCCCUAAUGAAUUGAUUUUCUAAUAUACCCCUGUUAUAAUUUUUUUACUCUUUAGGGCUGGUUCUAUUACCUCUGGUCCAAUCUGUUUGAUUCAUAACCAGCGGUCAAUUAGACACUAGAAUUUAAAUGUAACCUCUGCUUUAAAUAUCCGCCAGGUGACCAAGGUACCUUUCAGGUUUUUCUUGAUUUUGCCCUUUAUUGAGCUUUUGACCAGGAGUUCAGAUCAGCAAGAGAUGGGUAGAUGACUACCUCUAUGUUUUUCCUCUUGUCAAAUGUAAACAGCUGUUUGAUCAGACGAGAUAAAUUUAUCCCU